AUGCGUGGACCCGUCACUACACCGGACGGCUUCCAAUCGACUACAACUAUGCAGACGACCACGGACAGCAAUGAAGUGACCGGCUCAACCACUGUAAAUGGUGAUGUGUCAACUCCAGAUGGAGUCACCACUCCUGGUCCCUCCAGAGGAUCAUCUGAUAGCACAUCUGAUGAUAGUAAUACAACACCAGCUUUGCCAACCACCACGGAAGCGUUAGAUAUAAAUCCAUGUCCCGCAGACGUCUUUGGGAACGUUCCUAACCCAGAAAGCAGCAAUUCAUACUUCCUAUGUGUGAACGGAGAAGCUAUACCCUUCACUUGUGCUGAUGGACUUGAAUUUGAUCCUAUUGAACACACAUGCGAGGUCAUAGCUGAAGGUGGAAGUACUCUAGGUUCAGCAACAACUCCUGAGGGACCAUCAACAACUGAAAAUAUUGUCUCUAGCACAACUCUUGCUAACGUUGCGACAACUUCAACGCCAGGAUUGGAUGAAACAAUUUGUGUACGAGUGUUUGGAACUAUACCGCAUCCAGAGCUGUGCAACUCAUUCUACAUUUGUGAUGGUGACAAACCUAUGCAGCUCUUCUGUGUCGAUGGAUACGAAUAUGAUCAUGGAUCAAGGGGUUGUGUAGAGAUCGCUGAAGGAGGCUGCACGUUCCAAUCUGCAAGUACCCCAGAAGCUACUACGAUCGCUGACCCGCCAAUAUGCGUAGAAGGCCAAUAUGGUAAAAUACCCCACCCAGAACUGUGCAACUCGUUCUACUUGUGCACAGGAGGCCAGGCUAUCCAGCUCUUCUGUAGCGAAGGUUUUGAGUUCGACCCUAAUGUGAGAGAAUGUGUCAGGAUCGCUGAAGGAGGCUGCACGCUCGGAUCUCAAACGACCCCAGCCGUAGAUGUUACAACUACUCCAAGCUCUGAACUGCCUGACACAACCACAGAAAGAGAUCCAGAUGACUUCCUUCCUGGUGAUGUCGUUACAACCACUGAACGUGGAGUGACGUCUACAUCGGAGCCUACGACUGCUCCUGCCGGCAGCACUAGCUCGGACGUAGGUGAUGUACCAACUGAAGGAUCAACAAUUGAUUACGCAACGACAACUUUGCCUACAACGUACGGCACUACCACGGAGGCUCCCAUCUGUGCUCCAGGCAUGUUUGGCAACGUACCUCACCCGGACAGAUGCGACGCGUACUACUUGUGCGUCGGCGACAACGCUUUACCGUUUACUUGCGACGAGGGACUCGAAGUUGACCCUGAAUCCAAGUUGUGCGUGCAAAUCGCCGAAGGAGGAUGUACCAUGAGUAAAGCAACAACACCUGGAGGAGAAACUACUGCACAGGAUGUAACAACUACUACCGCGCCUGAGACUAGUGAACGAUAUGUAACACAGGCUGGGCCUGAACUUGUUGUUAUGACCACGGUAGCGGAUGAUACUACCACGGAGGCUCCGAUCUGUACUCCAGGCAUGUUUGGCAACCUACCUCACCCGGACAGAUGCGACGCUUUCUACUUGUGUUCCGGUGGCAACGCUUUACUGUUUACUUGCAGGGAUGGACUCGAAUUUGAUCGUGAAACCAGGGUAUGCGUGCCUAUCGUUGAAGGAAGAUGUACGCUUCCACAGCGCUCAGGUCAGAAAACAGAAGCGAAAGUUGAGUUGACUACAGAAGCGUGGAAAAACACCGUAAACUUCAUGUGCCCUGACAACGAGGACCGCUUUUUGGCAGACCCUAACAACAGUGAUAAGUUCUUCCGAUGCGUUGAAGGAUACGGCAUACAGAUGCAUUGCCCUAGUGGACAGGAGUAUGACGCUUCGGGAGAGAAAUGUGUCGCCAUCGCCAAAGGAGGUUGCUCAUACAACAAAAGGCAAGAAAUUAUAUCAUAA